UCCAAAAUGACGGUCAAAGCUGUAAAAAUGCCGUGCACCUCUGCAAACGUUUAUACUAAAGUGCCUGACGGAGGAUGGGGCUGGACAGUGGCUUCUGCAUUCUUUGUGGUGGAAGCCCUGACAUAUGGUAUCAUCAAGUCAUUUGGAGUCUUCUUUAACGACCUGAUGGAAAGCUUUGACGAAACCAACAGCAGAAUAUCCUGGAUAAUAUCCAUAUGUGUGUUUGUACAGGCCUUCACAGCUCCAUUGUCCGCUGUCCUCAGCAACCGCUUCGGCCACCGCUUGGUGGUGAUGGCUGGAGGGGUACUGGUCAGCACUGGCAUGGUCAUUGCCUCCUUCGCCCGCACUGUCGUGGACAUGUAUGUCACCAUUGGCAUCAUCUCUGGCCUUGGAUACUGCCUCUCCUUCCUCCCGACUGUCACCAUUUUGUCACAGUAUUUUGACAAAAGGCGUUCGCUGGUCACAGCGGUGGCAUCUACAGGGGAAUGUUUCGCUGUCUUCUCCUUCGCACCAGCAAUCACAGCUCUGAAGGAGCAGAUUGGCUGGAGGUACAGCCUGCUUUCUGUCGGGGUGCUGCAGCUGGGCAUCGUGACCUGCGGGUCACUGCUGCGACCCAUCAUCAUCAAAGAGCAGGAAGAAGUGAAAGCACAACCUCCAGAGGAGUCCACAGAGACAAAAUACAUGCUUGAAAACGAGCAAACCUGCACCUCAAUAGAGUCCAUAGACUCAGGAGUCGAAAUAACUACCUCACCCAGCAAUGUGCCUGGAAAAACCAAAGCAGAGCCGAAAAGUGACGAACCAAAGCAACACGGACAGAUUCCUGUUGACAAUAACAGCGCCCUUCCAGCACCAAAAACCAAACUACUGGACUUCUCUGUGUUGAGAGACUGUAGCUUUAUCUGUUAUGCAUUCUUUGGCCUGUUCGCAACUCUGGGCUUCUUGGCUCCAUCCCUCUACAUCAUUCCCCUGAGUCUCAGCCUCGGCAUCGACAAAGACCACUCUGCCUACAUCCUGUCAGCCAUGGCCAUCGCGGAAGUCUUCGGAAGAGUCUUUGCUGGUUGGGUCCUCAACAAGAAGCCCAUCCGCAAGAUCUACAUCGAACUCAUCUGUGUCAUCCUGCUGUCCAUAGCACUGUUAGCCUUCCCUUUAGCCUUUGAGUUCUGGGGCUUGAUGACAUGUAGCAUCUAUUUUGGGUUCAUGCUCGGCACGGUAGCGGGCACACAUAUUCCCCUCCUGGCAGAAGACGAUGUGGUUGGCAUCGAAAAGAUGUCUUCUGCAGCUGGAGUCUAUAUCUUCAUUCAAAGCUUAGCUGGGUUGGCUGGACCACCCCUUGCAGGUGUCUUAGUGGAUACAACAAAGAACUACAGCUCAGCCUUCUACUCCUGUGCUGCUGGCAUGGUCCUGGGGGCUGUGUUUCUGGCCCUGGUGAGGCCGUGCAAGACUGGGCUGUGCCGCCACCACCACCAGCAGCAGCAGCAGCAGCAGUGUGUGGAGGAGAACGUGGCAGGGCCUGCACCAGAAUUACCAGAUGACUUUAUUGACAUGGAUAUUGGUAAAGCAGAAAAUUCAUGCAAAGGCUGUGAUAACAUGAUAUAA